GUGAGAGAUCAAGUUGUUUUGAAUACUUGGUAAUUAACGUCAUCUUCUCUGAGAUAUUCAAAAAACGCCAUGGGUUCACAGUCUAACAUUUCAUCAAAUCAACAUGAAGAAGCAGCCAUCUUGCAAGCCAUGCAUUUGGCUUCCAUUUCAUCACUUCCUUUCGGUUUGAAAGUAGCUGUCGAUCUCGGCUUGUUAGAGAUCAUAUCCAAAGCCGACACUCCUUCUCGUAUGUUGUCGGCUGCUGAGAUCGUGUCUCAGCUUCCGACAAGUAACCCAGACGCCCCUUCCAUUGUUGAUCGAAUCCUCAGGCUUUUAACCACUCACUCCAUCUUAACAUGCGAACAAAUCAGCGGCGAAGAUGGGCAGAUGCAAAGGUCGUAUGGCCUGUCAUCGGUCGGCAAAUACUUCCUUCUAAACGAAGGUGGGAUCUCCUUUGUUCCAUUGCAACGUAUCCACCUUGACAAGCACAUCAUCGAAUGCUGGAAAUUCAUGAAAGAUGCGAUAUUGGAGGGAGGGUUCUCAAGUGAGAAAGCAUUUGGGAAACACUUGUUUGAGCUGCAGGCCACCGAUGAUGAAAUGUCAAAAAAUUUCAAUAGAGCAAUGUCCGUGUACACCGACCUAGUGAUGAACAAAGUUCUCCAAACUUACAAGGGGUUUGAGGGUGUAAGCCAAGUGGUCGACGUGGGAGGAGGUUUAGGUACAAAUCUUAAGCUCAUUGUUUCAAAGUACCCACAAAUCAAGGGAAUUAACUUUGACCUGCCUCAAGUCAUUAAAGAUACUGUCCCCUGCCCAGGAGUGGAGCACGUAGCAGGGGAUAUGUUCACGAAAAUUCCUAAAUCGGAAGUUAUUUUCAUGAAGACGAUGCUUCAUGACUGGGGAGAUGAGCAAUGCCUGAAGUUACUGAAAGUAUGUUACGAAGCAUUGCCGGAGAAUGGUAAAAUUGUAUCGAUAGAAGCGAUAUUAUCAGAUGUUCCACAGACAGAUCUUAUAACAAAGACAACCUUCCAAAGAGAUGUUUACUUGUGUCACGUUCUUCCUGGUGCUAAAGAAAGGACCACACAAGAGUUUGAAACAUUGGCAAAACAAGCUGGCUUCUCUUCUUUGAAGGUUGUUUGUCGGGCUUAUAAUUAUUGGGUUAUGGAAAUUAACAAAAGUAAUUGAUUUCAACGGUUCA